AUGAAAGUGUGUUUGGUUCUUGCUGUGUGCGUCCUGGCCACGCUUGCGCCACCCACCGAUGCUCUCUUAGGCGCCAAAUUGGCGCUGUUGGGCUUAGCUGGAAAUCUGGGUGGAGGUGGUAACAGCGGUAGCGGCGGUGGCGGUGGGGGCGGUUAUGGUAGCGGCAGAUACAAUGGCGGCUUUUACGGCCAACAAAAUGGGCCCAUCUACAGCAAUGGCUAUGGACGUCAGUCGUAUGGCGGUGGUUACAAUUAUGGCAUUGGAGCGAGUGGCGGCUAUGGUGGUGGCUAUAGCAGUGGUGGGUAUGGCAGCAGUGGUUACAGCACAGGUGGUUACAGUGGCAGCAAUGAGGGUGGACAAGUCGUAAGGGUUAUCAAAGUGAUUGUACCCAAUCAGGAUGCUGAUGUUUCAUCAAAUUACGCAACUGGUUACUCAAGUGGCUACUCCAGUGGUGGAUGGAUACCAAUACCCGCACCUGUUCCCGUGCAACGCACCUCUUCUUAUGUGACCACACAGUCGGUGGCGCCAGCGCCUAUCCAAACCACUUACGUUUCAUCAGCUACGGCACCACAACCCAUUCAGUAUUCGGCUCAAAUUGGACAAGAAAGCGCCGCACGAGCUUAUCAAUAUAGCAAUGCGGCACCUCAACCCAUCCCAAUUCAGGUGCAAGCCGCGCCAGCGCCUGUGCCCGUUCAAACCACAUACGUUGCAGCUCCAGCACCGCAGCCUAUUCAGUAUUCAACUCAAAUUGGACAAUCAGGCGCAGCGCAAACUUACCAGUACAGAGAGUCCCCGCAACCACAACCUAUUCCACCACUCGGCCCUGCGCCUGCACAACAGGUGAAAACUAUUAAGUUGAUCGUAGAUGAAGAGAAUUCGAGCCAAGGAGGAUUUAAUGGUGCUCCUGCUCAAACCUAUGGUCCCCCAUCUCCAAGUGGUGGCGCUUGGGACAGCAGCAGCAGUGCGACGGGUGGCUGGAAUAGCGGUUAUAAGAGAGGUGGCAUUUGGGAGAAACUUGGCUGCUAA